AUGUCUUGCGUCCAGUCUCGUCGUGCGGUGCAGGAAAGCUUGAUCAAACUUUGUGAUGGUCCGGUAUCUGUAAUAUGGAGACCGAAGAAGCCUUCAGCGAGUCCACUUGCACCGAUCGAGAUCGCCGUCAGGUCGUGGCUGGAGCUUCUGGGCCAGGACUUGUUGAAUGGCGGUGAUUCAUAUGUGGAGAACCUGUUGUCGAGAGCCCCAAAGCGAUGGGUGGUUUACUCUCCGAUGGUGCUUCUGCCGCCGGGAAGUUUUGGUCAACAGUGGUGGGAAGCGGUAGGAUCUGAGCAAGUUGCCUCGAGAUACGCUGUUGAAUUAUGGACUUUGUUAUUGGAGAAUAUUGGAAAGAGAGAGGGGAAAGGCCCUUUGACCCACUUGGCUGUCAAUGCGGAAAUACCUUUGCACAAAGAUCCAAGCCCAAAUUUCGACGGGGAGAGGCUUGUGGAAAGCAUCGAGAAUGUCCUCCGGACACCUAGUGGCUUAAUCAUGCUUCACGGGGACUUUGGUCCUGUCUUGUCCCCUGAGACAGUGCCUACUGAGAAAGAUUUCGAAGAUGCAUUUUGGGUGAGCACGAAACAGAAUGGUAUCAUUCAGGUGUGGGCUCCGAGGUACACCAUGUUCAGUCGAGGAAAUGUCAAAGAGAAAGCGCGCCUUCUCGAUUUCCACAGCUCAGAUCAAAGUCUAGAAUCCAGGAGACUGGCCAAAGAGAAAGUGGCAAAAAACAGUGCUGUGGAUUUGUACGCAGGCAUUGGGUACUUUAUGUUCAGCUAUAUAAAGAUGGGUCUGCGGAGAGUGAUAGGAUGGGAGUUAAAUCCUUGGUCUGUUGAAGGGUUGAGGAGGGGUGCUGUUGCCAAUGGGUGGUCUGUGAAGAUUGUCCGCAGCCAUGAGGUUCUAGACCUUGCAGAAUACGGACAAAUCGUUGUGGUCUUGGGGGACAACAGAGACGCUGCAAAGAGGCUGCGGGGGCCAUGCAGAUACGCACUGGGAGGUAUCAUUCACGUCAAUUGUGGCUUGUUGCCAUCCAGUGAGGACAGUUGGGAGAUGUCGCUCGAAAUUCUAGAUCGUGAUGGUUGGCUCCAUCUGCAUGAGAAUGUCGGUGUGAAAGAUGUCCUUGCCCGAACGGCAGCGAUUGAAGAGCUAAUCCUGCGCUGGUUGAAGAAGACCGGGGACCAAAGGUCGGCUAAUGUCGAGCACGUGGAAUAUGUCAAGACCUUUGCUCCUGGUGUUUGGCAUUGCGUGUUCGAUGUCUAUAUCAGUAGGCCAGGAACUCCACCAUGA